AUGGUUCUUAAAGCCUACAAGCAAAUUCUCUUGGUUGCUCUUGGAGGGCCCUCGUCAUCAGGAAAGACUACAUGUGCAAAGGCGUUAUAUGAAUUGCUACCGAGAUCAAUAAUAGUGCACGAGGAUGACUUUUACUUUCCAGAUGACAAGAUUCCUGUCGACCAUGAGAAGAAUAUAAAGAAUUGGGAUUGCCCAGGAGCAAUUGAUUUUGAGAAAUUCGUCAGAUACAUUACUGAUAUCAAGAAGAGCCAGAAAUUCGACAACAAGAUAGAAUCGUUAGAGAUUGACUCUGAACUCAAGCUAAGUAAGGAAGAAAGUAAAAUUAUAGAUGAUCAAAUAAAGGAAAUUCCUGGGAUUGAGGAUACAGUAGUUGUAUUGGUCGACGGUUUUAUGCUCUAUCAUGAUCCCUCUAUAUGCAAGCUAUUUGAUGUCAAACUAUUCUUUUAUGGUAGUUUUGAAACACUUAAAAGACGGAGAGAAUCAAGGCAAGGCUAUAACACUGUGGCAGGCUUCUGGGUUGAUCCACCAAACUACUUUACUGAUAUCGUAUGGCCAGAAUUUGUGAAGAACCAUAAGUACCUAUUCGAAAAUGAAGAUGUAAAUUGCGAUUUAAAUGACUAUGCAAGGACUGAUCUUACUAUAUGUAGCUACAAGAAUGAUGUUGGAACAAGUCUCCGCGAUCUUGUGGAGUGGUCGUUACAGCAAAUAACUCAUCAUAUCGUUUAA